CUGGCGUAUUUAUUUCCGCUGCAAUCGACUUUGGCACAACCUUCUCAUCAUGGGCGUUUUCGUUUAAACAUACAUUCAAACAAGAGCCAACAAGAGUGACUGCAAGGAGAUGGAAAAGUCCUGGAAAUUCCAUUUCUCAAAAAGCACCAACAUCUCUUUUGAUUAUGCCUGAUGGAGAAACAAUUGAUUCAUUCGGCUAUGAAGCUGAGAGGAAGUACGCCACAUUAUCAGAGGAAGAUAAACAUACAGAAUGGUAUUUCUUUCAACGGUUCAAAAUGCAGUUGUACUCAAAGACAAUAAACAGACACCUAAAACUAAAGGAUGUCUCCGGAAAGCAACUACUAGCUAAAUCCGUCUUUGCUCUCUCAAUUAAGUUCCUCAAAGAUGAUUUAAUUUCAACUGUCAAUAAAGGCCUUAUGAAGAAAGAAAGCACUUGUGAAGUGAAAGAUAAAGACGAAGCUAAUAGUGUUGAGGAGGGUGCACAGGCAGAAAGAUCGUCUGCUGUAGACGAACAUGAUAUUCGAUGGGUGCUUACUGUUCCAGCUAUCUGGGAUGAUGCUGCGAAACAGUUUAUGAGGGAAGCUGCAGAGGAAGCUGGAAUUCCAAAAGACAACCUAUAUAUUGGACUAGAACCAGAGGCUGCUUCAAUUUUUUGCCGCUUCCUCCCUGCUAUGGACUGCAAAGGCUCAAUGUCAGGUCUUCAACCAGGAUCAAAAUACAUGAUUUUAGAUGCCGGAGGUGGCACUGUUGAUAUAACAGUUCAUGAGGUUGGCGAUGAAGGACAGCUAAAAGAAAAGCAUAAGGCUUCUGGAGGAAACUGGGGAGGUACCAGAGUUGACCAAGAAUAUCACACGUUCUUACAAAAAAUAUUUGGAAAAGCUGUUCUUAAAAAGAUGGAACACUGUCACAUGGAAGACUGCUUGCAAAUGAAAUGUGAGUUUGAAGUAAAAAAACGUCUCACAGAACCAGACCUUGGUCAAAAAGUCACUGUUCGAAUCCCUGCCUCAUUUCAAGAGCUAUUACAAAAGGAGUCUGGUUUAACGCUAAAGCAAUCGAUAGAGCGUUCUUGCUACAAGAAGAAUAUAGUGGUAGCAGGCGACAAGAUGAGAAUAGACUUUGAACUUUUCCGGGGAUUUUUCGACAUAUCCGUAAAAGAAACCACGAAGCAUGUUUCCACAAUUUUGAAACACCCAGACGUGUCGGACUGUAAAACAAUUCUGAUGGUUGGAGGCUUUUCCGAUUCUAUUAUACUGCAGGACGAAAUGUCAAAAGCAUUUCCUGACAUAAACAUCGUUAUCCCAGGUGAACCUGAACUGAGCAUUAUCAAAGGAGCCGUCAUAUUUGGUCAUGAUCCUUCAGUUGUUGCAGAGCGUAAACUGAAGUUCACAUAUGGAACAGAUGUCAUCCACAAGAAAGGAGGAAAUGAUUGUAAUCAUCGACCUGGCAAAACAGAAAAUAUAAUGGGAGUUCUAAGUUGUAUUGAUAUAUUUAGCGUUCAUGUGCGUAUUAGCCAAAUAGUAAGAUUGGGUGAAGCGCAAGCAGAACGAAAUUAUAUGUCAGUACAUCCAUUAGCACCUGAAGCUGAAAUCGGCAUUUUUUCUUCUACAGAAGAAAACCCAACGUUCGUUACAGAUGACAGCUGUACACGAAUUGGUAAGUUGAAAAUAUCCGUCACACCUGAUCUGCUUGGCGCGAUGAUUGGUUUGAGAGUCGGGGGUGGUUUCAGUGUGUCUUUCAUAUUUGGCGGUACAGAAAUAAAAGUGAAAGCCACAGAUGCUGCAUCCGGAAAAGAAGUUGAUGUCAUUUUAGAUUGCCUAGAUGAUAUGUAA